GUGUGAACAAUAGCUUGAACUUGACAAGGAUGAAGAAGACACUACUGUUUGUCCUCAUUCUCUCAGGGUUGUCUGCACUGUCUACAAACAGCAUCAGAGAGUAUCGCUAUGUGAAGAUGUUGAAGACCUGGGCUGAAGCUCAGAGUUACUGCAGAGAGACGUUCACUGACCUCGCCACUGUAGAAAAUCAAGAUGACCACGACAGGCUGCAGAGUAUAUUACAGGGCGAUGGAGAAUAUGCAUGGAUAGGACUUUAUGAUGACCUGACCAGAUGGAAGUGGACGCUGGGAAAUGCAGACUUCAACAGCGAUACAGAUUUCAGCAACUGGAAAUCAAAUGAGCCUAACAAUCAGUACUCAAAGGAAAACUGCACUGUGAUGAACCACGUAGGAAGAUGGCGUGACUAUUUAUGUUCGGAACAAAGACCUGCAGUCUGCUAUUAUGAACAAGGUCCUUCUAGAUACAUUUUAGUGACAACUCAGAGGACUUGGCAUGAAGCCAGGGCAUUCUGUAGGUCCAAGUACACAGACCUUGUCAGUGUGAGGAACAGGUCUGAGAAUGACCACAUCAUCUCACUGCAGCCAAAAAGAGCUUGGAUCGGUCUCCACAGAAACCUGUGGGCUUACUGGUCUGACCAGAGCCACUCAACCUUCACUAACUGGAAUGAGGGCCAGCCUGACAACAAUGGGGACACUAUGGAAUCGUGUGCUGCGGUCAACACAACCACAGGAACGUGGUGGGAUGUUGACUGCAAUUCAAAGCACUAUUUUAUUUGUGAAGAGUUUAAAAUUCGGCACAAAAAGACAUUCAAGUUAAAGUUUCAGUCUGAGGCCGACUUGAAUGACCCUGCUGUCCAGCAGCAGAUUUUAGAGCAGCUGCAUGCUAAACUGGAGAAACAUGGAUUACCAGACUUCAAACUCCGCUGGGUUGAGACGGAUGGACAGACUUUUCACAAGCAAAAGCAGGAGGAAGAGGAAGGGUCGAGUGGCUGAGAGGUCAUUGUGCAGAGGACAUCAUGGUCUUUCUAUAAUUCAACUCUCUCCAAUAAGAAAUGACUAAUUUAGCUGCUACCACAAUGUUUCAAUCCUAAUAAUUCUAGUAAUAACUGGCUUCAAUGUAUUUAGUUGCCUACCGUGUAGCUACAGUUUUUUGAUGACUUAAAAUGUUCAUUUCACCGGAUAUUUGUUUUCAGUUUAGAAAAUGCUGAAAACAGAUUCCUGCUUGUGAUUUGAGAACAUGUAGUGAGGUUUGAAAUUAGGUAUAUACAAAUACAUACAAAUAUAAACAUGUUUUUAAACAUGUCAUAUUUUAAAUGUUUUAUGAGUCCUUGCAAAGUCUUGUGAAAUUCCAAAUCUUUUAAUGUUUAAUGUUUUAGCAGCAUUUUUCUGCCUUUGAAAUUUGUGAACCUGUUAAUGAUCAGCAUCAUAGUUAACAUCAGUUGUGAUUUCAUUGUGAGUUUGUUGUCGUCGUCGUCGUCAUCAUUUUCCUCAUGUUCAUCAUCAUUAUCACCAUCAGUCACUACUAUUAGUGUAGUUGUUGCUACUGUUGUUGCUGUGCACCUUUGUCUCUGUCCUUCUGUCUCUACCUCUGUUAUUAAU